AUGCUGCUCGACAGGGCAAGGCAAGUGAAAGCCACACAGGCGCAUGACAAGGGAGACCAAGCAUGCACCAUGGAGAGGCCUGAGACGCUGCCUACAAGCAGACAAACAUCCCGCACUACUCCACUCACACGGAGGCGACGCGAGCUGCGGAAACAACGCUACCGGCUGAGACACCGAGAUGCGGACAGACGUCCUGCCCGCUGCCGUAAAACACCAAGUCCCAAAGCACCACGACCAGUCCUAAGCAACAUACCGAAACCAAUGUGGUCACCUCCAAGCCUCCCCCCAUGCCGCCCUAGGCUGGGCAACCCCUUACCAAGCGAGAGAGCUGCCGCCUGGAUGACCAACAACAUGCUGGACAGUCCGGUAAACCCAGUGGGCAUUGGCUGA